AUGCGCUACUACUCCAUCAUCCUUGAAGAUCUUGCCUUCAAACACCAGCUGAGGAUCUAUUGCAUUGAUCGUCCCGGCGUUGGAAUGUCACAUACAACCGAGCCUGAGGAAUGGACACCUCUCCGGAUGGCCGAAAUUGUCGAGGAAAUGGCAAAUGGUUUCAAUAUUCAACGUUUCUCCGUCAUGGGGCAUUCUUGUGGCGCCAUCUACGCAAUGGCUUGUGCUUUACGACUAAAGUCUCGUAUUGUUGGCACUGUCUGGCUUAUGUCUCCUUGGGUCCACCUUACACUCGCAAAGCGUAUGAAAUGGAUCAAACACGUCCCUACAACAUUAUUGAAAUCUCAAUACACUGCCAGUCUCCUAUACAAAUCUCUAUCUGUGGCAGCUAAAGAGCCUCCAUCAAGCUCUGAUCCCAAUAUCUUAAAUUAUGACCGUGAAAAGCUCUGCAAGGCCAUGUUGGAAGAUAACAUGGCGGAGAGCGUGGAAGGCGCAUACAACGACUUGAUGGUCUGUUUGGAACUUUAUCACUCAUUUGGAUUUAGCUACAAAGAUGUAAAGCUUCCUGUGCAUGUCUUUUGGGGUACCAGGGAUGCUGUGAUUACAAAAGAUGCCGUGGACUGGAUGGAGGAAAGGUUGGAACAGUGUACAUUGAGCGUCAUUGAAGGAGGCACCCAUGGUCUCCUCUGGCGUGCAGACGUGGUCUCACAGAUUUUCAAGGGCAUUGCCUCAUCAUGGAAGUUGGCUGAGUUUGAGCGCUCACUCUCGCAGCGGUGGUCUAUCAAGCAACUUGGUUUGAACACCACAGGCAAUCGUCAUCUCUCCUACAGGAGCAACUCUUCUUACACCAAUAGCACCUGCAGUAAUACCAGCCAGAUUCAACAGGCCUUCCAGACCAGUAACAUCUAUGAGAGUCUCCAUCAUGCUUCCCUUCCCAUGCAAACCAUUCACUCUCAGCAAGUUCUAGAGGACCCAGAAGGGUGCUAA